AAGUGUCAUGAGAGUGACGUCCCUUAAAAUACUGCAUCUUUCUAUCAAGCCGAAUGUUAUUCCCGUACCAUGUCGGUGAACUACGCAGCAGGGCUUUCGCCGUACGAAAAUAAAGGACGAUGUGGAAUGCCAGAAACGUUUGAUACGCCGGAUGUUAUAGAAAUGAAAGUGCAGCAGCUGGUAAGCAUGGUGCGAGCCAGCACAUUCAUUGUUUUUCACACAGGUGCUGGUAUAAGCACAUCUGCAGGAAUACCUGACUUCAGAGGACCAAAAGGUGUUUGGACACUUGAAGAACGGGGUGAAGAACCAAAGAUCAGUGUGACAUUUGAGUCUGCAGAACCCACAUUGACCCACAGAGCUCUGGUUGCACUUCACAAAGCAGGCAUCGUACAGUAUGUUGUGAGUCAGAAUGUUGAUGGACUACACUUACGUUCUGGCUUUCCUCGUGAUCGGCUGUCUGAAAUGCAUGGGAACAUGUUCGUGGAACAAUGCAGCAAAUGCAAGUCACAGUACGUGCGUAGCAAGUGUGUUCCUACAAUGGGGGAAAGGUGCACAGGCAAUCCCUGCACUCAGCGGAAGCCACGUGGAGUUUGCAGGGGUCAACUGCAUGACACAGUUCUGGACUGGGAAGCAUGUCUUCCAGUGCAUGAUUUAGAAAGGGCAGAAAAAUUUGCCAGGAAAGCAGACUUGAGUGUGUGCCUGGGAACAACGCUGCAAAUUAAUCCCAGUGGUAGCAUACCUCUGCUGACAAAACGGAAUGGUGGCAAACUAGUCAUUGUAAACCUGCAGCCAACCAAACAUGAUAAGAAAUGUGAUCUGAGAAUUAACACAUAUGUUGAUACAGUUAUGGAGAAACUUUGUAAAGGUCUUGGUGUGGAGAUUCCAGGUGUCACACAUCCUGUAGUCAACUUGAGAUCUUUGUGUGCACCCCAAACUGAAGAAGACUUUGGAAAAUUUCCACUUACCGUUUGCAUCGAUCCAGAGCUUUUGCCAGUUAAAGAUGAAGGAUGUGACAUCCCUGAAAAUGUUAAAGGGAAGAAGUUGUCUGUCACAAUUAAACGUGAAAAGAGAUUCAGGACCAGGGAAGUGUCUCAAGAAAACAUAAAAAGGGAAGUAACUGUCAAAUCAGAAUCAGACCACAGACCAACUGGAGUGUGUAGUGGUGGAAGUGACUCAGGAAUCGUUGAAUCAGAUACUUCUGUCUGUGUUAAGGACAGAGAGCCAAGUAAAGCAAAUGGUCCUGGAGAUGACCAAGUUGUCUCAGAAAUAAGUGGCAUAAAUACCUCCACGACUGAUCCCAAGGAGGAAAGUGAGCCCCACAUAAAAAAGGUGAAAUGUGAAUUAUCAGAUCUUGAGAAGUGAUCUCCCAAGGAGAGUAGAAUUUCUGCAGUGGGAAAUAUGAGAAUGUAGGGGUCUGACAGUAGGUGCAAGACAAUUCCUGAAUAUCUGCAGGCUAAGAGUUGCUUACACAUGAUAGAUCUUCUGUAUUAUAUAGAUUACAAAAUUGGCAUAAAGCUGCAUUUUCCAGUCAGGUAUAGUAAUUAUACAGCAAGACUUGCUAACACCAUUAACAAAACUUAAUGUGGCACACUGUAGUUUUACAUUUAAAGAUUUUAUGAAAUUUUCAUAUAUAUAAAUGAGAAUGAUACAGAGUAGAAUGCCACAAAAAGACAGAUGAAUUUUAUAUUUCCUCAUGACAGGCAUAUAAAAAGCUGUUAAAAUGAUAAAAGUUUAUAUGUUUUAAAGUAACAAAUAUAAACACUUCAGAAAGAGAGGAGGGAGUGUACAAAGUGAUGUUUUCAAAAUAAGAAUUAAUGUUUUCAAGAAGAAUUAAUUAAUGCACGUCAGAGUCAUGUACUUCAUUAUUAUUAUCUUCAAAUAAUCAUUUGUAACUUAACUGUGACCAUUCCUCAAAAAAUCUUGCUGUACAAACUAUGCCUAUAAAUGUGCCAUUUACACAUGGUCCAACAACAGAUAAAAAUACCAUGGCACCAAAAUCACUUGUUUUUGAAUUGUAUCUAAAUGAAUUUUGUUUUGUUUUUUUUGAGGGGUUUGAAAAGUAUGUUUGUUCAAAAUUUUUUAGUAUUGAUGUGUUGCUAAUUUGUGUUUUAAUUGAAGGACCUCUUAUAAUGUAUCUUGUAAAUCAAAACUAGAGAUGUGUGUGGAAGGAAAGUCAUUGAUGUAAGAGAUGGACAUGUAUGUUGACUAACAUGCUGAGUGCUCAAAGGAAAAUAUUUUGAAGAAUAAGGAACCUUAAAUACAUCUGUUGAGAUAUAUUUAUUUCAUAUAUGGUCCUAACAUUUUUCAACGCCUAUGCAAAAAUGGAUUGUGCCUGGGUUAAUUCUAUUCACGUUUGAGACCACAGAAAUGAUCAUAAUAUUUCAGCUGUUUUUUUAUGCUUUCUGCCACAUAAUAUUCACUUCAGACCUCUGUAUCAUAUUUUGUGAAGAUAUGAUCUGAUAUGAAGUAGGGGUCAGAGGGAGGGGACAAAUGCUUUGUGUAGCAUGGAAACUUAGCCUAUGAGGAACUGACAACAUAUCUUUUAAUUUAAAACCAUCUGUACAGAUUUGGAAGGCAGCUGUUGAGUUGGUCUAAAACUGUAGCAGCAAAAAAUACAUAUUUCAGCAGAUUAAUUCCCACCACUCAUUUUGUGUUUGUGGGAGCGUGUAUGUAGACUAGAUGUUCCUCUGUGUGUGUGAGUAAAACAUUGAUAGAAACUUUGUUGCUGAUAGUUAGUAUUACUAGUAUGUCUUGUGAAGACAUUGAUGGCACUUUCUUUUUUGUCUAAACCCUCAUUAUCUCAAAAGAUCUAGUUAAUAAACUUUUUUCCAUGAACUGAUUAAAUACUAAAUCUUA